AUGUCUUCUAUCGCACAGAGACUUCGCCAAACCACAAACUUUUUAGGCGGUGGUCAACAAUCUCCGUCUUCAUUGCCAUGGAAUCCGGAUUCCGCUGGAUUUCCUCGUAGAAAAGAUCUGCCGCGGAUUGAUGGGGCUCCCGAGGGGGCAGCAUGGGUUUGGGGGAAGGAUGAUAACAUUGGGCGGCUGAAUCUACUGACACCGAAACGAGUGCUUCAAGCGUCGUCCGAGAUCAAGACCGGAGAAUUGGUUCCUCUGAAUCUACCUCUUAACAAUCCCGAACCACCGGCUUUCCAUCGUGAGGAUUUCAAACACACCAUCAAAGUCGUCGCGGAUGAAGUUUGCUUUGACGACCUAUACGAGCUGAAUACCCAAAGCUCAACACAAUGGGACGGUUUUAGACACUUUGCCCAUUUACCAACAAAAACGUUUUACAAUGGCACAAAAGCCGCAGAUGUCAAGGGCCCAGAUGCAAACUUGAAGUGCAGCAUCCAUCAUUGGUCCGAACAUGGCAUCGCUGGUCGGGGCAUACUCCUAGAUUAUCGGCGGUAUGCUAAAGCCAAUAGCAUCAACUACGACCCUUGCAGUGGCCAUGCGAUAUCGUUCCAAGAACUUGUUAAAUGCGGGAAAACACAAGGAAUUGACAUCCGGCCAGAAUCCCAAGGAGGAGAUAUCAAGAUUGGCGAUAUUCUGCUUAUUCGUGCGGGCUUUGUUGAACGUCAUGGCGAACUUUCUCUCGAGGAGCGACAGAAGGUAAUUGCUCAUCAAACAGAUACCGAGAACGGACUGGAGGCUUUUCAGUUUGCCGGCGUAAAGCAGGAGGAAGAAGUCAUUGACUGGCUUCACGACUGCUACUUUUCCGGUGUCGUCGGUGAUGCCCCUGCCUUUGAGCGCUGGCCAACCCAGCGGCCAUAUUUGUUACACGAGUACAUUCUGUCUCUCUGGGGUAUGCCUCUGGGUGAGAUGUGGAAUCUGGAGCAGCUGGCCACCAAGUGCGCCGAACAGAAGCGAUGGACAUUUUUCCUAACCAGCUCUCCUGCGAAUGUUAAAGGCGGUGUCAGUAGCCACGCAAAUGCAAUCGCUAUUUUGUAG